AUGGGGCCCCCUGGGCAAUCGGGGAUCAUGGGGCCCCUGUGUCCAUGCCCACACUCAAAGAACACCCAAAAAAGCCUAUGAAAGGUACCAGGGGAAUCUCUGGGAAAAAAAUUCCUCCCUGAUCCCCCCGAGAGGCAAUCGGAUAUUCCCUGGAUCAACUUGACCUAUAAAUGUUAGUAUCCAGUCAGGGGCGGACUGACAACUCAUGGGGCCCCCGGGCAAUAGGGGAUCAUGGAGCCCCUGUGUCCUUGCCCAAACUCAAAAAAGCCUAUGAAAAAAGGUACCAGGGGCAUCUCAUGGGGCCCCCUACUGACCCCGGACCCUCGGGCAGUGCCCGAGUUUCCAAAUAGUCAGUCCGCCCCUG